GUCCUCGGCCUCACCACCGCUCUCGAGCUGGCGACCUCCCACACCCCCUCUCAAGCACCAAUUCACAUCCACAUCCUCGCGCGCGACCUGCCGCUGACCCCGGCCGGCCUAGCAUCUCAAGGCUGGUCCUCCCCAUGGGCAGGCUUCAACUGGUGCUCCUUCGCGCCCAAGGACGAUAUCAUCACCCAAGAACGCGACAAGCUAGCGUACAAUGAGUGGAAACGCAUGGUCAAGGACAAGGAGAUGCCGAGCGAGACAAUGGCUUCUAUGCCUUUCAAACACUAUCUACCCGGGGAAUACAAGAGGGGAGACCUGUGGUUCGAGGACUUUGUGGACGAUUUCCGAUACCACCCAUCGAGCGCCCAUGAGCCUCGCCACUACAUCACCUACACCUCCUUCGGCGUCAACACGCCCCUCUACCUUGCCUACCUCACGGACACCUUUUCAUCCCUCGGCUCGGUAUACACGCAUUGUGCGACAACUAUCUCUCCAUCGAGCGAUCCCGCCAGCUGGUUGGUGAUAAACGCUUCUGGCCUCGGGUCCCUCUACCUGACCGACGUAUUGGACAAGGCAGUCCACCCCAUCCGCGGCCAAACAGUCCUCCUCUCCGUACCGACCGCCUUCACUAGCAACCCACGAUGCGUAAUGGACGCCUCUGACCCAAAGGCGAAGCCUACCUACCUGAUCCCUCGCGGUAGGGGGAGUGGCCAGGUAAUCUUAGGCGGGACCUUUGGAGUGGAUGAAUGGGAGAGGGAGCCCAGUGAAGAGGAUACGGCCAGGAUACUCAGGGAUUGCUGGAAGUUGUGUCCUGACAUCCUGGAGGGGCAUACCGUGGAUGAGGAGCAGAUCAUCAGCGUCAACGUCGGGUUGCGUCCUGCGAGAAGAGGGGACGUCACGCGCGUUGAGUUGGAUGCGGUCAAGCUGGGCGAGGGUCCAAAGGGGGGGAUGGCGCCCGUGUUGCAUUGCUAUGGAGCUGGGAAAGCUGGAUAUCAGACCAGCAUGGGCGUGGCGAGGGAGGCGAGGGAGCUCGUGGAGAGACAUUACGCGGAGCUGGAGAGAUGA